AUGUCACCUAUAUACCAUCGUUUCUCCCAAAUCUCUUCUCUCUCUACUUGCUCUGUUGAAUCUUCAGCAGGCCUCCGUUACGACCACCCUCAUGACAUCGUUGCUGCAACCCAAAAGUAUGUCACCGUCCACCUUGUUCCUCCCUCUCAACUAGAUGAUCGACCCCCUGGAAGUCCACCAUUUCCGCCACCGUCGUUCACCGCUCCCUCUGUCGCUUCUACCUUCUAUCAAAUCUUUGAAUGCUAUUUGUAUUGUUCUUUUUCCAGUUUUUUCUUCCUUGACAUCAUUUUUGGGCAAGUUCGUGAACCUUCUUAUUACAAUACAUUUAAAGUGAAUGGUAAAGAGACUAAUAACAUAUGCAUGGUGGUUAAAGUGGGAACUGUCAUAGUUGAAGAACUUGAAUCAGUCAUCAAACCACAUGGCUUGUAGAUCUGUAUUGGUAUUUUUUUUUAAAUAUUGUGUAUCGGUACAUACUAACAAAUGAAAAUUUACACAAGCAACAAAACACAAACAUAUUAAGGUUAGACAAUUGUUAUUUUAUGGGAAAACCAUGGAACGGUAAUGAGAUUAUAUAAAGAAAGGAUGCAUGGAAACGUUUUCACUUAAAAGUAUUAUAUGUAUAAGGUGGUUCACAAAAUUUCUUCAUUCUCCUUAAUCACUUAUAUUGUUUAUUGAUAUUGUGUUUGUUAGAUUUAAGGUUUCAUGUAGAUUUGUCAUGGUUCUCUAAUGCCAUCUUUUAUUGUCUAUUGCUUGCAUAACGCCUGUUAUCUUCUUUCCAUUAUAAUGCUCCAUUUGAUUGUAGUAGAUACUUUUAAUGUUUAAACCUCAUUCACCAGGUUUAUACAAUGGAUGCCUGUGAAAUACCAUUGUAGAUUAUCUGUCAAGCAACCUUGAGAAGGAGUGAUGCAUGUUUUUUGUUUUCUUCGUUAGAAAAGAGCCAAGAAGAGAUCCUGAUUAGAGAUUGAUGCAUGUGAUAUAGGUUACUUACCCAUAUCUACAAUGGUGUUAAUUGUUAAAUGAGAUUAAAAUUGAUUAUGUAGUUAUCUUUGGCUGUUGUUUUUCUGUCCAUAUGCUAUUCCCUUUGGUUUUGUUGUUGAAUAAUUGGGUGGGCAAAUUUUAUUUUUAUAUAAAAAAAUAAGUAUUUCUCAUUGUU